AUGAAUACCUGGAGAAACAAGGAAGGAGUCCCAUGCUCACCCCCCCAUCUGGUCGGGGACCCCUACUAUCCCGAUCAAGAAACAAAAUAUCAAUUCGUCGCAUCAGGAAACUCUACAGAAGACGAAGAACCAAUGGAAGACCCAUUGGAAGAAGAGGCAAUAGAAGAAGAAAAAUCUGACACAGAGGAUGAAGAACCCAUGGAGGCCGAAAGGACCCCUACCUCCAGGCCCUCCCCUCCAAGCCCUUACAGGGGUAUUCUAAGAGGUGUUAGAAAAACCCGUCAAACUGCCAGGAAAAGCACCCUCAACCACAAAGGAAUCCAGAAACAUGGUCACGCACUGUCUGAGAGCAUGAGGAAGAACCUAAGAAAUCCAUCCUGGUUGAACGCAUUUACGGAAGAAAGAAUUUCGGGAGAGAAAUCACCACCCGAUAUGAAGACGGGCAAGGCUCGGGAGUGCGCUAGGGUAUCGGCAAGGGAAAUCAAAGAAGGUGAAAAUAACACAACUCAUCUAGCCUGGAGAGCAGGAAGACUAGAGACUCAGCUGACCCAACAUCAGAAUGCACUAACAGAGAUGCGGGGGUUGCUUGACGCGGAAAUCGCUACUAGGAUGCAGCAAGAUACCCUCAUGGUUGAGGCGGAUCUUCAAGCUCAAGCGACUCUUAUUAGGGUAGGGGUUAGUGAAGAAGAAAUUAUGACCAUAAACGGGAGGCUAGAUGCAAUCGGAGUUCAACUUGCGGAAGUUACCAGGGCAUUAGGGACUUACCUACGACAAGGAUGA